AUGUCCGAGGGAGGAAGGAUUUUCCCAGGGUGCUCAGAGGCGGCUGCUCAGAAGAUGCUCCACAGGCUCCGCCCAGCGCCCGCCCCAGCCCUGCGCGGGGCGGCGGGGCCGCCUUCUGGGGGCCCCUUCUCAGCUGCCACGCGGCUGGAGCUCAAGGAGCUCAUCGGCGCCGGCGGCUUCGGGCAGGUGUACCGCGCCACCUGGCAGGGCCAGGAGGUGGCCGUGAAGGCGGCGCGCCGGGACCCAGAGCAGGACGCGGCAGCGGCGGCCGAGAGCGUGCGGCGGGAAGCGAGGCUCUUCGCCAUGCUGCGGCACCCCAACAUCAUCGAGCUGCGGGGCGUGUGCCUGCGGCAGCCGCACCUCUGCCUAGUGCUGGAGUUCGCCCGCGGCGGUGCGCUCAACCGCGCACUGGCAGCUGCCAACGCCGCCCCUGACCUGCGGGCGCCGGGCCCGCGCAGAGCGCGCCGCAUCCCCCCGCACGUGUUGGUUAACUGGGCGGUGCAGAUAGCGCGGGGCAUGCUCUACCUGCACGAGGAGGCUGUCGUGCCCAUCCUGCACCGUGACCUCAAGUCCAGCAACAUUUUGCUCCUUGAGAAGAUAGAACAUGACGACAUCUGCAAUAAAACACUGAAGAUCACAGAUUUUGGGCUAGCACGAGAGUGGCACAGAACCACCAAGAUGAGCGCUGCAGGCACCUAUGCCUGGAUGGCCCCGGAAGUCAUCAAAUCUUCCUUGUUUUCUAAAGGAAGUGACAUCUGGAGCUAUGGAGUGCUGCUGUGGGAGCUGCUCACUGGAGAAGUCCCCUAUCGUGGCAUCGAUGGUCUUGCUGUGGCUUAUGGGGUCGCAGUCAAUAAACUCACUCUGCCCAUUCCUUCUACCUGCCCUGAGCCAUUUGCCAAGCUCAUGAAAGAAUGCUGGCAACAAGACCCUCAUAUCCGUCCAUCCUUUGCCUUAAUUCUUGAACAAUUGAUGGCUAUUGAAGGAGUAGUUAUGACUGAAAUGCCUCAAGAAUCUUUUCAUUCCAUGCAAGAUGACUGGAAACUGGAAAUUCAACAAAUGUUUGAUGAGCUGAGAACAAAGGAAAAGGAGCUGCGGUCCCGGGAAGAGGAGCUCACCCGAGCGGCCCUUCAGCAGAAGUCUCAGGAGGAACUACUAAAGCGGCGUGAACAGCAGCUGGCAGAACGGGAGAUCGAUGUGCUGGAGCGGGAGCUAAACAUUUUGAUAUUCCAGUUAAACCAGGAGAAGCCCAACGUAAAGAAAAGGAAGGGGAAGUUUAAGAGGAGUCGAUUAAAGCUCAAAGAUGGACAUCGGAUCAGUUUACCUUCAGAUUUCCAGCACAAGAUAACUGUGCAGGCCUCUCCCAACUUGGACAAAAGGAGGAGUCUGAACAGCAGCAGCUCCAGCCCACCCAGCAGCCCCACAGUGAUCCCCCGACUCCGAGCUAUACAGUUGACUUCAGAUGAAAGCAAUAAAACUUGGGGUAGGAACAUGGUCUGUCGACAAGAAGAAUUUGAAGACGUGAAAAGGAAUUUCAAGAAAAAAGGUUGUACUUGGGGGCCAAAUUCUAUUCAAAUGAAAGAGCGAGCUGACUGCAAAGAAAGAAUAAGACCUCUCUCAGAUGGCAACAGUCCUUGGUCAACUCUCUUAAUAAAAAAUCAGAAAGCCAUGCCAUUGGCUUCAUUAUUUGUGGACCAACCAGGUGCUUGUGAAGAGUCAAAACUUGCCCCUGAUGGAUUAGAACACAGAAAACCAAAGCAAAUAAAAUUGCCAGGUCAAGCCUAUGCUGAUCUACCUCUUUGGAAAGACAGCCAGAGAGAGAAUAUGGGGGAACCUGAAAGCUGGGAGGAGGGGACCGCUGUGAGUCCUACUGCUGGCACUCCUCAGGUGUCCCCUAUAAACAGUCUCAACAGACCUCCUCAGAGAAAAAAAAUGGAGUCUGCUUUGUACGGCUGCACAAUGCUGCUGGCAUCAGUGGCGUUAGGCCUGGAUAUGAGAGAACUGAACAGAGCACAGGCCCCUGAGCAACAGUUGACCCGGGAAGAAAAGAGGAAGCGUGAGAGGAUCUUCCAGCAGGCUCCCAAGUCCCGCAGCUGUGCCAGUGCCCCUAGGAGGGCAUCUGCCGGCAGCGAAGGGGCCAGCAACCUCCCCUCCCUCCCUGCCUCCAGUGCUGUGAGCCUUCUGUCCAUGCCCUCUCUUUCCACAAAGUGCUUGCUACAGACUGAUGGUGAAGACUCAUUCGAAGGCAGCAAGCACAUCACUUGUGACCCCAAAAUACCUGCUACAGAGUUUUGCCCUGCUGUCAGAGGACAUAGUCAUGAGCCAACCUCGGUGCCAAGACAGGAAAGUGAUCUUAGUGUGUGGAAAAACCUGUCUUCUCCCUUCCUAGAGCAGACACGUGUGCCUUAUUAUGUCCCUUCUAAAGAAAGACCAGCAUGUCACAGACGGACUAGGUCAGAUGGAAAUGCCUUCUGGACUCCAACUGGUGCAACUGUUAUCUCAGCUACUGGAGCCUCCGAACUUCCACCUGAGUGGGUUUUGGGGUUGCCCUCCUCUUCAUCGAAUCCCCUGAGGGCCCUAGCAGCCCCUAUGCUAGCUUUUCCACCCAAAACAAAGACUCAGCCCACACGGGCUGACUCAGCCGUGGACAGGCCUGCACCAAACCCUGCCUGCACCCCUGGCGCCAAGGAGAGAACUAGAGCCCACGUGCACUCCUUGCUGGACACUGACGUGGAGGGCCAGAGCCAGGACUGCACGGUGCCCUUGUGCAGGAUGAAGAGCAGGGCUGGCCACCCGUCCAUCUAUGACCUGGAGAAGGAAUUUCUGUCUUAAGUGCCUUAUGGUGUUCAAGCUUUUCUCCAAAAAGUGAACAAACUAAAGCAAUGUGUCUCCCUUUGACUCUUUUCAUGCUGCUGCUAUGUUUUCAAAAAUGGUGGCCGUGUCCUAAAUUAGUAGUGAAUGUUGAUUUCCUUCAAAAAAAAUGUAUAAAAUUUCUGUUAGUGUCUCUGGUUCGUUCCCACUGGAUUCUUGCCUAGUACUUGAACACACAAGGGUAAAACAAGCUAUGAGCCACAAUGUAAAACUCCUGGGUAGCAUUACCUAAGCACAGUUUUAAUGCUUGGUUCUCAUUUAUAUCCUGUCUCAGUGACGAGAAAGUGGAAUGAGGGCGCUGUUUUGUUUCCUUCCCCCUCAAUACCGGUCUUUCUUUCUUCCUUUUAUUUUUGUUUACUUGUGCA